CUGGAGAAGUGGUGCAGAGGUGAGUCCCCUAUUCCCAGGAUUCAGUGCUGCAACCUAACCUCCCCGUCACUCAAUGUGGGAAUCGCCGCCGUUUUCCUCUCGACCCUGAGCCCCAACAACAUGGCCGCCUCCCUGUGCAAGAUGGAAGCCUUGCUCAAGCUGGGCCGCUAUGAGGAAGUGGCGAGCCGCUGUGGUUCUCUGCUCGACAGCCAUGAUGGUGUCGGAUUGGCCCUUACCAGGGCUUUGGCCCUGGUGCUUUCGAAGACGCAUUUCCAAAGCGGUGUCAUGGAUUACCUCCGUGCCUUCACAAAACAUCGGGAUGAGACUGUGACCUUUGUGAGCAGCAGGCAAGAGGGUAAUCUGAAACAGAUAAUCCAAGCCUUCUUGGAUUUCAUCUCAUGUCAGGAAAAGGGAUGUGGAAACCGGGGCCUGGAAAGCAGGUUGAGCAGCUGCUACGACUUCCUGGUUGCCAUAGCACCAGAAGACAUCCAUGUAUGCCAAGCCCACGCAGCGUACUUCUUUGAGAAACACAAAUAUAAGGAGUGUGUGUCCAUCUACAGCAAGGCUUUAGAGGCCUUGUCAGCCAGUGGUGCAUUAUGGGAAGAGAGAGCCGCCAGCCUUCUUGUGGACAGGGCCGCUGCUUACUUCUCACUGGGUGGGAGGGCGCAGGAAAUGAUGUGGGACUUGACCAAGGCCUUCAAGGUGAACGCCAGCCUGUCAAAGAGGCGUUUUGUCGAACUUUUCUCUCCUUGCAAUGCUGAGAGGAUUGAAAAACACGCCAGAGCAGCCCUCGACGCAGAAUUUGCAGCAUACAGAGAAGCCGUGAGGACACGGCCCGAAGUCCGAAGUGACACUGGCAAGGAGCUGCUCUCCCCUGUCAUCUGCACCCUUCAGUUCCUCAUUGAGAUCUCUCCAGGGGCCAGGCGGGAACUCAGCGUACGACUAGCAGAUUGCUACGUCUUGGAGGGCAAUCUUAAGAAAGCUUUGGAACUGUGCAACAGCCUUCUGGGAUCUAACCAGGAGACGUAUUCCAACACUCUCCUCGCCCUGCGUGGCUUUUGCUACCUCCACACCCAGAACUUUCAUGAGUCCCUCCAGGACUUCCAGAGGAUCAUUGAACACAGCUCCCCGCAUCCCAGCAGCUGCGUGAAAGCAUUAUGUGGCCGUGGCUUGGUUCGGAUUUUGAAUGGAAGUCCUUACCUCGCAGUGCUCGACUACAUCACUGCCUGCCGGCUUCGCUUCGAUGAGACCGGCUUUGUGGUCAAGUCCUACGUCCCAUGGAACCAAAGAGGCUAUCUGGUGAAGGUGCUCCAGGAAGAAGGGCAGAAGAUACUGGAGAAGAAUCAGAACCCGAGAGGCAGCUCAGUUUCUCCACAGAAUGUAUCAGGAGUGUCAAAUGGAUUCCUGAUGAAAGAAGGGGAUGCAUCCGGGGCCCACCAGCUGGCUUCUCUCCUCUUAGAACUGGAUGCUUCCGAUGAGACAUCUCAGAUCCUGUGUGCCGACGCCCUGUACCAGAUGGAUCGAGUGGACGAAGCUCACAAGAUCCUCCUAGUGGCUCUCUCCAAAAGCACCCAGAGAUCUGCCAUCCUGGCCAGGCUAGCUGUGCUUCAGCUGAAGAGAAGCUUUUUAUACGACUGCAACCAACUCCUAAAGAAGACGAUCCAGUCUGGGGACACCAGCUGUCUCCUGGCCAUUGUGAAGAUUUUAAAAGAUGAAGACCGGGCGUUACUGCAGAGCCACUGCCAUUCCCGGGCUGUGACGAUCUUGAAGAACAAGCAAAGUGACGGGUACAUAAAAGAGGCCAUCACUUACCUCUCCUUUGCCAUCACCGCAGCAGGAGGAUUUGCUGUAGAUUCCCUUCUGACUCGAGCCCGAUGUUAUGGGCACCUUGGCCAGAAAAAAACAGCCAUAUUUGAUUUUAAUGCCAUUCUAAAAGAAGACCCUGGGAAUGUGCAAGCUCUGAGCGGAAGGGGGUUCAUUCAUCUUGCCCUCAAUCAGAAGAAGGAGGCUGUGUGUGAUCUGAUCUCUGCCAUCCAAGGGGACCCAGCCUUGGCGGUCACAGAAAUACUCUCCUUAAAGCAGGAAGCCCAGACGCUGAUCCAUCAGUGGCUGCUCGAUCACUGCAGGGCUCUGCUACUUGAACUUGGUGCUGCCGCCAAAGAGUCACCAUCCGGAGAGGUUCUGAAGGAGCUCACUGUAGUUGGGGAAUCGCUCAUGAAAAUAAACAGCAAGGAAACAAAGAGCCACAUCCUUUAUGUGGACACGUUAGCAGCGGAUGGGAGACACAAAGAGGCCCUCGCUCACCUCCAAGGAUCCUUUGGCCAGACCGCACCUGAUGAUUCAGUCAACUCUCGGUUUGGCAUUCUGCAGGUCAAGAAGAGAAACAUCUACACGGCAGCUCAUAUUUUGGCCAGUUUAGCUGCAAAGGACUACGAUGAGCUACCUUUCCUCAUGAACUUCUUAGACACCAAGCAGCGGCAAAGCCUUGCACAGGUCUCUGCCAAAGAGGGGAACGUGCUGGUGAAGGAGGAUUGUCAUGGGAAAGCUAUUGGCUAUUACUCGCUGGCCAUCUUGGCAAGCAACAGCAACCCCCGGUACCUUCGCCAGCGAGCCUCAUGCCUAGGUCAUCUGAAGGACUUCCAAAGGGCUUUGAAGGACAUGGACAAGGUGAUCCAAAACCACAGCACCAAUGGCCUGAGGACAAAAGUGGAGGACUUCUGCUCCCAGGGGCACAUGCUCUUGGCCGUUUCCAAGGAGAAAGAGGCAGUGAAGCAGUACAUAAAAGCCCUUCAGCUGGAACAGACGUUGGCUCUGACUAGCAUUGCGGCUGGUCCCAACAGGGAUGCACUGUCCAAAGCAUUCUUACGAACGGCACAAUCCAGUUUUGAAAUGUCCCUGUUUGAAGAAGCCUGGGCAGCCACAGAAUAUGGCCUGGUCAUUGACCCAGACAGUAAUGACCUUAAAAAACUGAGAAUGAGACUCAAACGGGAGGUCUCUGGAUGCAGAGUUCAUUGAUUUAUA